CCCUCCGCCUUCAGUCACACAAGAGUCAGGAAAGCAGUGGAUAAAGACUCUCCCUGGCUCCUGAAGAAAAGGGACCACGUCCUGCGCAGCCUGGCCACCUCGCCCUAGCGACGAAGCCUAAGCUUUCUGCCUGCAGAGAUGCCAGAAGGGCCAUCUGUGAGGAAGUUUCACCAUCUUGUCUCCCCCUUUGUGGGCCAGAAGGUGAUCAAGACAGGGGGCAGCAGUAAGAAGCUACACCCUGUCACCUUUCAGUCUCUGUGGCUCCAGGAUGCUCAGGUGCAUGGAAAAAAAUUAUUCCUUCAGUUUGAUCCAGAUGAGGAGAUGGGGCCACUCGGCAGCAGCCCACAGCCUGAACAAGGAAUGUGGCAGAAAGAGGCUGUGGACCCAGAGCUCACCUUGGUUCCCAAUGCUCAGGAACCCUCUGCAGGCCCCUCUGGGUCUGGGGAGCCUGUUUCCAGUAGAUCUGAUGGCCCAGAUGAUCUUGGGGGAAAGAACCCUUUAGCAGGUGCCCAGAGGUGGCUGGAGGUCAGGUUUGGUUUGUUUGGCAGUAUCUGGGUGAAUGACUUCUCCAGAGCAAAGAAAGCUAACAAAAGAGGUGACUGGAGAGACCCAGUGCCCAGGCUGGUACUCCAUUUUAGUGGUGGUGGUUUCCUGGCAUUUUAUAAUUGCCAGAUGUCAUGGAGCCCUCGCCCAGUGAUUGAGCCCUCCUGUGACAUCUUGUCUGAAGAGUUCCAUCGAGGACAAGCCUUGGAAGCUCUAAGCCAGGCUCGGCCUGUGUGCUACACACUCUUGGACCAGAGAUACUUCUCAGGAUUAGGGAACAUUAUAAAGAAUGAAGCCUUGUACAGAGCAAGGAUCCAUCCCCUCACUCUCGGUUCAUUCCUGAGUUCUUCCUCUCUGGAGGCCCUUGUGGAUCAUGUGGUGGAGUUCAGUAAGGACUGGCUUCAGGACAAAUUCCAAGGCAAGGAACGGCACACACAGAUCUACCAGAAGGAACGAUGUCCUUCUGGUCACCAGGUCAUGAAGGAGACAUUUGGGCCUCCAGAUGGGCUCCAGAGGCUCACCUGGUGGUGCCCUCAAUGCCAGCCCCAGCUGCCAUCCAAGGGGCCACAGAAUCUACUGUCCUCCUAGAGCAUGUGGCCUUUGCCAUGGGACUUGUAACCUUAGAGAUCCAGACACUGUCUGUCCCGAGAGAAGGGUAUGGGCAGGGAUAGUAUUACAGAUCACGGUAAGGUCAGGAGGGUCAGUAUUGUUGACAUUCAUCCCAUUGGAUUCUGCCUCAGCCUCAGCUUUCAUAGUGAUAGAUGUUUUUCCUUUCUAGUUAACUCUAUAUAAUCUCACCAUGCUGUCAAAAUCUGGACAGUGGGCUGGGAGAGACUGCCUAGAGCAGCAGUGAGUCUGAAAAGAGAGUGACUGGGGGUGUGCAGCUUCUGGGGAGGGAACAGCUGGAGGAGACAGCUGGAGGGGAGAUGGGGAGAGCUGGCAGGGUGAACAGCUGGGGAUACUAUAUUCCCAGGCUGCGUUGCUAAUGGUGUGCUGUGCUGUGUUUUGGGAACUGGUUGAUUUUGAGUCCCUCCAUUUUCUUCUUUCCCAUGAAGGGGUCAGGGAUGGGGGCAAAGCUUCAGGAAGGUACUGCUGGCCAGCCUACCUGGUUCCCUCCCAGUGGCUGGAGACUCCAGGGUGAACAGGAAGAUAUGCCCAGAGACUGAGAAAAGCCAGCUGGUGGUUGAACCCUUAAGUUGGGCAUUUGUUGACUGUUGAUGUUUGAAGAAUUUGGGUGUGUCUGGGGAUGUAAAGAAACAACCCUUUGGGUUGUUAGCAACAGCUUUAUGCAACUGAAGCAGCAAUAGAAAAUAAAACGGUGUGAUAUUUUUUGUUGUCUUCAUUAGGCAGAAGUGGUAUUUUGUAUGUUUGUUUUUUGUUUUUGUUUCUGUUUUGUUUGUGUGUAGUACCCCUGAGCUACUUCCAGCACUCACCCCUGGUGAAGGUGGCCUUGCAGGGUUGGCCUGAUGAAUGCACUUGGGGAUGGGACAGGAAGGAAGUAAAACCUGCCCUUCUGCCUUGGAGAACUUGGCUUCUGUUGCCCUCCUCUGGCAGAUGGUGUGAUUUUUGAGAGACAUUGAAAACAGGGGGUGAUGGUUCACUGUUCCUGCUCUGAAAUUCAACUCUUGACCAUUGUCAGUAGUGAUCGCGUGACACUCAAGGUGACCUGAGCAGCAGUGAGUGCUCAUCCCUCACUGAGGGGUCAUCCCACACUGAGGGGUCAUCCCACACUGAGGGGUCAUCCCACACUGAGGGGUCAUCCCACACUGAGGGGUCAUCCCACACUGAGGGCUCACCCUUCUUAAAUGAUUUUUUAAAAUGUGGAUGCAUAUUUUUGUCUGCAUGCAUGUCUCUGUAUCAUGUGUAUGUAGUGCCUACAGAUGUCAGAUGACAUCAGAUUCCCCUUCGGAUUGACUGGAGUUACAUUUUGUGCGCUGUCAUGUGAAUGUUGAAAAUCAAACCCUGGUCCUCUGGAAAAGAAU